UGAAUCAGAGUCAGGAUGAAAUCUACUGAUACAGCACUUGUUUUCAAUUCCAGGCUUAUAAGUGAAGAAAAGGGUAAUGUUGGAAGAGGUAUAAACAUAGCCGUUGUCAAUUAUGAAACAGGAGCGCUAACAUCGGCAAAUUUCUUUGACAUGUGGGAAGGAGACCACUCAGAAGAGAUGGUGGCUUUCAUUGAAAGUGCACCACAAGGGUCCCUGCUUUUCAUGGUUACUCAUGAUGAUGGAAGCGCCCGGUUGAAAAGUAAUGCCAAAAAGUUAGUAGAAGCUCUGGGAAGUAAAGAAAUACAAAAUAUGAAGUUCAGGUCAAGCUGGGCUUUUAUAACUGCCAAAGGCUUCAAGCUUCCAGAUGAUAUUGAAAGAGAAAAGAUAAACCACUCUGACAGUAAGAAGAAUAGAUACAGUGGCUGGCCAGCUGAAAUACAGAUAGAGGGCUGUAUCCCAAGAAACCUGAUGUAAACAAAUGCAUACCUCCUUAGCAAAGAUUCUGCUAUAUUUUUAUACAUAUAACUCUGGUAGUUUGCAUCCAGAGCCCAAUAAGCACCUGAACAGCAUUUGUAAAAUAAGUCGUAUGUACAGUUUUUACCCUUACUUUCAUUCAUGAGUUUUUUCUCUAAUCUGAAAACAGAUGUUUUGAUGACACGUGGUAAUAAAAUGCUUCUGGUUGUUGGCCUAACACUGUCUAUCCCCAGGUGGGAAGUUUCUCAAAUGUUUAGAAGGAAGAUACAAGAAAGUGGAAGUUGCUCAGCAAAAGAUGCCCUUUUGUAGACAGUUUGUGCUGGAAGCAAAACUCCCACUGACUGCAGUCCACUCAGGAGAGCAAAGAGGAGCUGACAUACUUGAUGCCUGCUGGGAAGUAAUAGAGGAGUGGCGUAUCUCUAAUCUCUUCUUAGCUGCUGGUGAAUUGCCAGACGGUAGCUUGAAUUCAAGGCAUUAAGAUGGGUGUCUUAAUAAUGUCUAAGCAGCAGUGAUUCCUCAUUGCCAGAAAAUGGGAAGUUUUGGCUUCACUUCUCUGCUGUGGAUGUUUUGUGGUGGUGGUGGCUGUGGUUUUUACCCUAGAGCAAUUAUUGAGCAGCAUAGGAAAUGUAGAGUCAACUACAAACGUUACAUUAGCAGCUCUGAUAUGAUUUUCUGCAUGUUCCAAAGAGCAUAGAGAUAGAUGCUUUAGCCUUGCCCAGUCUCUAUUGUGGUUCUCAUUAAAAAUAGGUAGAUACAGCCUAGAGCUUGGGACAAUGUUGCUUGUAGGUGAAAUUAAACAUCUCUGCUUUUGUUUUGCUGAGCCCCAAAACUGCUGUACAGCAGAUUGUAUGGUAAGGCUUGGAUAAGAUAUUGAUGGAAGCUGUUCACUGUUUCAUUGCUCUUACUGUAAUUUUAAGAGUAUAUAGUACUUCUGGAGAACGUGAGUGUGAGUUUCACAAUGCAGAUGUUCACACUGCGAUUGGAGCUGCUCUGGCACAGAAAAGUAUCUGUUUCUGGAGCAGAAGGUUUGGGGUUUUGGCUGGAAUAAUCUUCUCCAUCGGGCUGGUAUGGUGCUGUGUUUGGAUUUAGGAUGAAAAUAAUGUUGAUAGCACACUGUUGUUGUAGUUGUUGCUGAGCAGUGCCUACACAGAGCCAAGGACAUUUCAGCUCCUCGCGCUGCCCGGCCAGCAAAGAGCUGAGGGUGCACAGGGAGCUGGGAGGGAACAGAACCAGGACAGCUGACUCUGGCCCGUGUGGAUGUCCCAUAACACGUGGCAUCAUGCUGAACAAGAAAACUGGGGAAGCUGGCUGAGCAUCAGUUGGCUGAUUGUGAGCAAUUGCUUUGCACAUCACUUGUUCCGUUCAUCCAUUUUGUUCCUAUUUUAUUUGUUUUCUUAUUAAGUUUUCUCGACCCACAGUUUCCCACACUUUCUAAUGUUUUCCCCCAUCCCACUGCAGGUGGCCAAUAUGGCACGAGCCAUGUGGCAUUUAGCUGCCUCUGGGUUAAACCACACCUGACUAACACAGACAUUUCUUUCGCUUCCCCAAAUGUAGAAGAUGUAGAAUACUCCAGUCUGCGGUAACUGUGCAGCUUUGUAGCUGGUAUUACUUUUGACAGCCAUAGGCCACAGUCUUUGUGCUGCCUUUGCGAGGUCUCAGCACUGGAGGCUGUCAGAUCUGCUCUGUCUGAAACUUCUGUGAUCUGUCUGGAGAUUUUCUACUUCAUUAAGCUGCGACAGCAACUUCUCCAUCUGACCAGGAGAAUCUAGUCUACCUCUAGUUUUACCCUUACUUAUCUUUGUGUGGUACUACCGUAGUUUUAUACAGAAAGCAGUAACAAACAGAAUGAUAUUUACAACUCCAAAAACAGAGAUGCAAUGUAGAGAAGUACAGAAACAGAAGACUGGAGAAGUAGAGAGAUGGGCCAUGACAUAAAGGAAUGCAGGUGUGGGAUGGUAAGAGAUGGGAAACAGGCUGGAAUCCCACAGCUAUAAUGGAAUCUCAGUUCACUAAUGGUCAGUUACAAAUAAAUAAAAAUUCUCAGACUAGAGCUGGACAAAACUGGUUGUAGGGAAAGCAAACAACUAGGAAAUAAUAUCUUACAGUAUUUGCUACCAUUUGCAUAUGUGAAUUCAGAUGUAAAAUGAAGCUAUGUACUAAUGAAGACAGAGAAGGGUGUAAAUAUGUGCUAGCAAACAUACAGAUGUUACUCAAAGUGAAAUGGGGAAGCAAUGGGAGAAAGAAGAACCCAAUCAAUGUGGAUAUCAUAUUUCCCCCUGUGAAGGACUCCAGGUGCUGCUCACUCACUUAUGUAGACAGUUACAAAGUUUGUGCAUGUACAUAUGAUCUAUACCUUUCUCUGAACCUUGUUUAGUAUCCCACCAGCAUCAACACCAGCACAAAACCACCAACAUUAGAACACAGAGGAGCAGUAGAUGAGGAAGCAUAACAGCAGGAAAGAGCAGAGAUGCCAAGAAGUGUUGGAAUUUUUAUUGUUACUGCUAUCGUUGUGACUUUGUCUGUAAUAUUAGCACUCUGUUAGUAUUAUUAUUCUUUGUUUCUUUGUAGUAAUUAGAGCUAAACAGUGACUCCACCACCUCCCUGGGCAGACUGUGCCACUGCCUCACUGCUUUUUCUGGAAAUAAAUGUUCUCUGAUAUUUAACCUGAAAAGGAAAGGGGCUGUUGCUCAUCAGCAGUAUUAUCUGCCCUCUGAUUCCUCCAGGAGGAGGAGAAACCACAGAAUGAGGAGGGUAGCAGUGCACUGGAGUGGUUUUGUUACUGGGUUCUGCAAAGCACUGGGAAGAAAAUUGGCUAAUGGAUGAGGAUGUUGAGUGAAACACACACCAGGAUACUAUUCCCAAUCAUGAAACCAUUUUAGUUUCGUUUCUGCUUGUUCACAUCAUGUAGGUGGAGUCUGUGCAUAGAAAAGCACCCAAAGCAGCUGAAUGUAGUUAAUAGUUUCUCCUUGCUGCGUGACUCUGGCAGGUAUGACUUUUCCUUUCCUUUACCUUCUUUUAAAAAUAACCAUGUGAUUUUUAAUUGUUAUAUUUGUUGCUUUUAAUAGUUGAAGGUGUCAGCAGCAUGAUCUGGCCAGCAGUUUGCGUGUACAGUGUUGUGAGCUUUGCAUUGCUAUAUUUUUUCAGAUAGUGUAAACAAAUGUACAGCCCAGAGGCUGUAGAGAUUACACAGAUAUCUUCUGCUCACAGUGUGACAGGUAGAAGUCUGUGUGCCCUUCUGGCUGGACACAGACUAACACAAGUGAUAUUUGGGAGACAAAAGGGGGUUGCAUGCUGAGCACCGCAGCUUUGCACUUUGGAUUUGGUGGUUGGUUUUGGAACUACUCCCAGAGCAGUGAAGUCAGGGCUGCCAGAGGAAAGCAAGGCAACUUAUUGCCAGGCAGUUCGCAAUCCAUGCGGCCCCAACUGGGUCAGGCUGCCCAGAGGUUUCUUGUGGGGUGGCAGGCAGCUGCUGGCACAGAGACUGCAGAUGCCUACAAAUACAGUUCAAGGAAAGCAGCAUGGCAACAGUGUCACAGCAGCUGUGGUGGUGAUGAUAGAAUGCUUACAGGGAAGAAGUUUUUCCUAAUACCCAAGCUGAGUAGUUGAAUUGUCUUCUGUUGCUGGUUCAAAUAAAGCACUUUUCUCACAGUCUUUUUUUU